AACAGUCAUCAACAUAAAACAUAAGCGAAAAAAGGUAGAAACGGAGGAAGCAGACAUUCUGGCUUUCUUCACAGCUGAAGAUGGAUUAAGUUUUAGGAAAAACCCAUCCUCUGUGAGGCUAGAUUGUUUCUUCGCGUAGAAUUGAUUAGAAAGUUUGUCGUUGUGAUCCAUUUGAAAAACAUUACCGGUGUUAUGAAGUGGUGAGCGGAAGUGAUUUCCUGGCGGAGAUUUUUGCCUACGUCGGAAAGGUCGUUCUGAAAACGAAAUUCUCACGGAAAGUAAAUCAGUGCAAAAUCUUCUUCCUUCAGCAGGUGUACAUAAAAGAACAUCACAAAGUUUUGAUUGUGGGCAUCUGGGUUUGGAACUACUACACCAAUUAUUAUCAAGUGUUAACUCAAGUGUGAUGGGAUAGUUCCCCGAAUAAGAAGAGAAUCUAAUUUAGGGUAUCGCAGUGACACAAGAAAUAGCAUUGUGUUCCGUUAUGUGAGAAAUGUUUUUGGUUUAUACAAUGGAAAAGCUCCAGCAAGGGAAGUGAAGUGUGUACAUAUGAAUCUAUAGAAGAAGACAACCAUCCGUGCGGAAAUAUAAAAUAUUUAUACGAAGCAUCCCAUUUGCGUAGAACAAUAAUUGAACUUGGAAUAAGGUGCCCAUCGAAAGCACCUUUUUUGAGCUUCUUACGAUCGUAUAUAAGAAGCACCAGUAAAGAUGGAUUUACGAAAGGAACACAUCUCUCUGCUGUUGCCUAUUGGGGAGUCUGUCGGUGGAACUGGGUCGAGAAAAAGUCUGAGAAGGCAUUGGAAUCAGUUGUCACGUUUUCAAAAAAACCUAAUCUGGAUCGUAUUGAUAGCCGUCUGCAUUUUCGUGUUCUUCCUAAUCCCAUACGAUGAUGCCGCUAGUCGGGAAUCCCGAAUAUCCGAAGAAAUGGAGCAUAUCCAAAUUGCUCCCUUCAAAGAUCGGCACGAACAUCUAGGCUCAUUGCAUCUAGCAGCAGCUGAUACAGCACUUCACGAUAAAGGAAUUCCCGGUCGUAGCUUCCGUUCGACGGAUGGCAGCUUGGUUAAGGAAGUCAGCUUGGUUGGGUCGCAAAAUAUUAAAAACGAAAUGCGUAGCCGUGGGGAAGAAAGUAAAAAUAUAAUCGAUGAGCCUCCAGCAAUGGAUAGCGGCAGUAGAACGAAUAAUGAUGAUAACCGACAACAUUUGGUGGAGCAGAAAUUAGACGAACCGGAGAUUAAUGCUGGAGGUGAGAUGGCUAAUGACGAAGGAGUCACGUUACAAGUGAUUCAAAACGAACUUAAGGAAAUCGUUGAUAAUGAAGAGAAUGUGCUCGAGGAGAACCGGCGAAGUGACAAUGCCAAAGAUUUCAAGGGACCGACAAAUGUAAGACAGCGAGCUGUGAUUGAAGCAUUCUUACAUUCGUGGCGAGGUUACAAGGAGUUUGCUUGGGGACAUGACAAUCUGAAACCCAUUUCGAUGAGCUAUUCCGACUGGUUCGGACUAGGUUUGACCAUCGUAGACAGUUUGGACACAUUGUACAUCAUGGAUCUACAAGAAGAAUACGAUGAGGCUCGAAACUGGGUCGACCAGUAUUUGCGAUUCGAUGUGAAUCGAGAUGUAAACCUUUUCGAGGUGACCAUCAGAGUGCUGGGGGGGUUAUUGAGCACUUACCAUCUGAGUGGAGAUAAAAUGUACUUAGACAAGGCGCUGGAUUUGGGACAACGCCUAUUACCAUGUUUCGAUUCGCCAUCGGGUAUACCGUAUUCGGAUGUCAACAUCGAGACAAUGAAGGCGCAUCCACCGAAAUGGUCUCCAGACAGCUCCACUAGUGAAGUAACAACGUUGCAAUUGGAAUUCAGAGAUUUAUCUCGAAGUACGAACGAUCCUGCUUUUGAAACGGCUGCCGCCAAGGUAAACGUUAAGGUUCACGAAUUGGAGAAAAACGAAGGAUUGGUUCCAAUUUUCAUCAACGCAAAUACUGGACAGUUUCGUAACUUUGCCACGAUUUCCCUCGGUGCUCGCGCUGAUUCCUAUUACGAAUAUCUUGUUAAGCAGUGGAUCCAAACCGGAAAAAAGAAUGAUGAUUUCCUCGCCGAUGAUUAUAGAGCUGCAAUUGGAGGAGUGUUGCAUCAGCUGGUCCGCGUUACGCCUAUUGAAAAGCACCUUUAUAUCGGAGAGCUGAUUAACGGUAAAGAUUUUAAACCGAAAAUGGAUCAUCUCACGUGCUACCUACCGGGCACACUGCUACUAGGCUACAAAAACGGCAUGCCAAAGUCGCAUCUCAAGUUGGCAAACGAUCUUUUGGAGACAUGCUAUCAAACGUAUAUGAAACAACCAACCCAGUUAGCUCCGGAAAUUUCCUAUUUCAAUUUGAACGGUGAAUCGGAUACCGACAUCUACGUGAAAACAAAUGACGCUCACAAUCUUCUACGCCCAGAGUUCGUCGAGAGUUUGUACUAUUUCUAUGCAAUUACCGGUAACAAAACCUAUCAGGAUAUGGGUUGGACCAUUUUUGAGGCCUUUAACAAGUAUACGAAGGUGAAGAAUGGGUAUACGUCUAUCGGUAAUGUUAAAAAUCCGCUUAACACGCGUCCUCGUGAUAUGAUGGAAAGCUUCUGGCUGGGUGAAACAUUGAAAUACUUCUAUCUCCUGUUCAGUGACGAUCGGAACGAAAUCGAUUUGGAUAAGUAUGUUUUUAACUCGGAGGCACAUCCGUUGCCCAUUAGAGAUGACUGAAAAAGCCAUUUGAAUACCCUGCACAUUGGGCUGGCCUACUGUAAACCGUGCAGAAGAAUAGACAAUUUUUUUAGAUCCAUUCACAAUUCCACUUCCUUUUUCCACAAAAUGAUGUUGCGUGAUUAAUAAUUUGUACAAAAUUUUCUACUAAAUCCUUAGAGUUUGACAAAUUAAGAAAAAAUAGCACAACACUCGCUCCCAAGAGAAAGGAAAUAACGCUAAUAGUUAGUUAAUUGGUUGUUGAAUAGUAGUAAUACCCGUAUCCACACUCAAAAGACUUCAUACUAGGUAAAUCCCGUUUCCCAACAUUUAUUUUUCGCUAAAAUGAACAUAAUAUCCCACUUCAAUUGACGGAAACAAUUCAGAUAAUAAACUAUUGAGGAAGAAUGUCGGUUUUGGAACACUUUCGGCUAGUGGAGAUAAGUGGGACUAUUACUCCGGGUACGUAAAAAUUAUACGGACAAAGGUAACGGUUACCCCCAUGUCAUUCUUCCUCUAGUCUAUUAUCUCUAUUGAUGUUAAUAACAAAUCAACGACAAUUUCAAUGGAAUGCAAAUGUGGCAGACUUUUUAGGGUAAGCUUGGAAAGUGAAGAACACAGUCUAGUCCCGGAAACACAAUAUGCGAUAGCAGUGUAAGUUUAGUCUGUAAGUAGGUGGGUUUUUUUUUCUAUAGGAAAGGGAAACAAAAAAUCGACAUUGAAAAUUUUCUUCGGAUUUAUUUCAAUAGACAGCGCGAACAUGAUUGUCAAAAUUCGUAUCGUAUUGUAAUUUGAUAUUAAUCGAAACUGAAUAAAAGUCAAACUUGACAUGUCAUUUUUGUAAAA